AUGUUUUCUGUGAGAUUCUUGGUAGCCUUUGUGAUACACCGGCGUGUUUGCGCCAUUGAUACGUCCCAUCCUCAUCCGGAUGCUUCCCACGGCCAUAUGGAGGCGACGAUCCUGGCAGAGGGAGAGUCGCAAAUUCGAAGCAUCGUGCGCAAGGAGAACUCAUCGAUAGAUGGCGACAUCUUUCAACUUGAGGACGAAGGCAAGUCUUGCAAGUGCACAGAGGUCGACCUCAAGGGAAAGAAAUGGUCACCCGGUGGCCUGCAGAAGUGCGUGGGCAGCUGCGCAGACGUGAGGAAGAGCGACUCCAAGAACGAUUGCCCAAAGCACUGGAAGAUUAUUUCGCCACGGAACAAGGAGGAUUGGGAGACCUUGAUCGACUUGAAGGUUCUUUCGGACGUCACGGCCCCACACCUGCUCAUUGACGUCACCCAGCCGAAGAACGGAGCUGGCGGAGGCAGGGCGCAUCCCAUGAAUUCUGAUGAGAAAGGUCAGUCUAUGUGGGUGACCAUCGAUGGCAGCGAGUCAUUCGCUCAAGACAGGUUUUUCAUGAGCCCAGCGGAUGCUCGGCCGAACCUGAGUGGCCGUGCGGUGAUAGAAGGCGUGCAGCAGAACCUCAACCUCUCUGAUCGCCAGAUCAGACCGUCAGUCCAAACCCUGCACGACUGGGGGAACACCUCCUCGUCUUCAAUCUGGUACGAGACCGACUGGAUUGAGAGAUUUGGAGACCUGCAUCCCGGGGAGCGAAUCUUGCAGAUCUCGUUCGGCAGUGGCUUCAAGUGCAACUCUGCGGUUUGGGUCGCCCUUCGCGUGGACAAGUCCAAGCAAGGAAAGCCGUUGAAAGAUGAGGCAGCUGAGCCUCUCGUAAGUAACGGAGAUGCCUGUGCGACAUCCGACAACGGGGUGGCUGUGAACGGCAAAAGCUGUCACACAAACGGCAAAAGCAUCCCCACGAACGGAACGUAUGAAGAGAAGAAGAGCCAAUAG